AUGCCAGCACCCUGUCAUCUCACCCAAAGGGCGCCAGGCCAGAGAUUCCUGGGGAAAAGUCGCCAGCUGCAGGCGGUUGUCCCAGGAAUUCCUCCAUGGUGCCGGCGGGAGCGCGGCGAGCCGGGGCGCGGCGGCUGCGGGAGGUGGAGGCGACCCGGGACAGGGCCGGUCCCAGGGAGAGGAGAUCCCCCGGGCCGCGCGUUCCGCCGUUCAGGCCGGGUAGGGGGUGGGGAAGGAGGAGGAAGAGGAUCCCGAAGCAAGACAGAGCUGAGGCUCAGAGUUCUCAGGCAGCAGCUUCUGGAGGACACCGUGGAGACCCAAGGCGGCUUUAUUUGGGUCUGCAAACACCCGGGGCCCCGGUUAAGAUUUGGCAGGGCCACCCCGCUCCUCCCCCGCCUUGCACGACCGCACUCCGCGCGCCUUGUCACUGCGAGGGCUACCUGUCCUCGCACACUCCUCCGCGAUGGCCAGAAAACGUGGGACUCGAGAUAAGACUCUGGCAGAUGGUACUCCUCCCUCCGCCUAACGUAUCAAUGCACCAACGCCCCUGACCGCACACUCAGGAACCUGUGGCAGCCUCGCCAAGGGACAGCGUGCCCAGCACCGUGCACUGGGCACUCUUGGAUCUGGAGCUCACAACUCCGGAAGGAAUGGGGACUUAGAUGAGGUGACAGACAUGCAUGCAAUGCAGGCUGAAUCCGCCUGUCUGGAGCCAAAAAGAAACGCCAUGGUCACCUCUUUGUUACAACCUGGAUAUGAUGCCCACAUGCGUGGGGUAGACAUGCUUGGGAUAGAUAAGCCUGUGGACUUCAGACGGUAUUUUCUCUUUCCCUUUUUUCUUCUUUCUCGUCCUCAUCUCUGUCCCUCCCUCCUUUUCUUCUCGCCCUAUCUCUUCCUCCCUGUCUACUCUCUCUCUAGUGUCUCACUUGAGAAAGACCUAGAUUUGAGUGGGAAGAGUUAUGCCUUAAACUGCUCUCAUUAUAAAUUCAAAAUGUACUUGAAGAAUACAGAUCGACUGUAUGAUUGCAUGAAUAAAGCGCUAUGCUGUAA